ACCGGGGCAGCGAGCCCCGCGCCUGGGCACGGCGGGACCGGGGGACCGGGGAACAUCGUGCUCCCAGCCCCGGGAAGGCACGGGAAUUCUGCUUUGGGGGCUCCAACAAAAACUCCCUCAGGCUGCGGGAAUUUCUGGCGGUUGCUGAGGAUGGCACAGCGGGGGGACGGAGGCAGCGCAUCACCGGCCCGGGGCUGCGGGUUGCGGCACCGCCGGGGCUGCGGGCUCGUUCCGAGGGUGUUUCCACGGCUGUGCUCCUCCUCGGCUCGGCGGCUGUGCCCCGCUCCCGCCGGGGCGCCGGAGGGCGCUGGCAGCACCGGGAGCCGGAGCGGCGCCGCUUCCGCCGGGCCGCGGCUGCUCGGGGCCGGCCCCGGGCUCGGGAUGGACUUCCUGACGCUCUUCCUGGUGUACCUGUGCUCCGUGCUCGCGCUCAGUGCCCUGCUGUGCCUGUGCUCGGGGAGGAGGGACAGCUUCCUCAGCAGGAGUGCCAGCAGGGCCGGCCAGGUGCUGUCACUGGUGCUCCCCCGGCAGCUGCAGAGGGUGGCACAGCGGGCCCUGCACAGGCUCUUCCACACGAGGAGCUGUUUGUUUGUGGUGCUGCACGUGGCCCUGCAGGCUGCAGUGUUUGGGGAGUACACCUGCGAGGUGUUUGGGUACUGCUGGGAGCUGCAGUUCCCCCUCCUGCUGCUGCUCCUGCCCUACCUGCUGCUGGCUGCCAACCUGGGCUGCUUCCUGCUCUGCUCCCGGGCCGACCCAGGCACGGUAACGAAAUCCAACGCUGCAUCCCUGGCUGAGGUUUAUGCCUAUGAUGGGGUGCUGUUUCAGAGAGGCCUCGUGUGUCCCACGUGCGCCGUGCAGAAACCAGCCCGGUCCAAGCACUGCAGCGUGUGCAGGGCGUGCGUGCACCGCUUUGACCACCACUGUGUGUGGGUGAACAACUGCAUCGGGGCGCGCAACGCCGGCGCCUUCCUGCUGUACCUGCUGUCCCUGGCGGCCACCGCCGCCGCCCUGGCUGCUGUCACUGCUGCCCUGCUCGCCCAGCUGCUGCUGCUCUCCAGCGCCCUGCACGGCACCUACCGCGAUGGCCAGGGCCAGGAGCACCCCGUGGACAUCCCCCUCCUCGUGCAGCACCUUUUCUUGACUUUCCCCAGGAUUGUCUUCAUGCUGGGGUUCGUCAUCCUGCUCACCCUCGUGCUGGGGGGAUACUGCACCUUCAGCCUGUACUUGGCCCUCACCAACCAGACCACCAAUGAAUGGUGCAAAUCCCGAAGGCUGGGGGGCUCCCCCCAUCUCCCCUCGCAGCCUCAAGCCAGACCCCUCGUCUACAGAAACAUUUAUUCCAAAGGCAUCUGGAGGAAUUUGAAGGAAAUCUUUAACCCUCCCACCGUGCUGGAAAGGAAGAAGAAAACAUGAAGAUAUUGUUAGUGUU